AUGGCGCUAGAAAAAUUAUUGUUGCUCGCCAUCAUACUAGCCAUCGUGAGCGCGGAUUACAACGAUGAGGUGGAGACGAAGAAUAAAACGGAAAAAGCCAUGGCGGCGAAAAAGGAGCAGCGGUUUAGGAGCGCUGUGCCGGACCCAUCGAAGGGAUCCUUCCAGAAGUUGAGCAGCUUGAUGAAUAGAACGAGCGAUAGGAGUUACAGGCGGAGAGAUAAGAAUAUCAACAAGAUACGACAGUUGAACCGGCAUUCAAACGACGAUAUGAUGAAUGACAACGAAGGUUCUAUCAGCACGAGUCAGAAGAAAUACCCUGAUAACGAUACUAAUUCGUUAGCAGUUAAAUUCAAGGUGCUCCGCCCCGAACUGCCUAUGUACGACGUGACAUUAAAAAGCAGUUACCUGCCACAAGUUUCUGGGGUUUUCUGUGAUUUUGAACAGCAUAAUGGGACGGAUACUUGCAUGUGGCAGUGGAAUACUACGGUUUCAAGCCAUGGGCUCGGCUUCAAGGUGGUCAAAGCUGAUGAUGUAAAGGAAAUGAAUGAAACUACUAAAGGCAUGAAGUUUUCUGGACCAAGCCACGACGCUGACGGUAGUAAAGAAGGACAUUUCCUCUACCUUCCAGUGGAUCCUACGAUGGAAAACAUGGUGAUUAAGUCACCACCAUUCAGAGGAUUGUGGGAGUUUUGCAAGUUUGAAGCACGGUUACAUCAGAGCAAGAUGCAGAACGCCAGCAUCCGAUUGGUCUCCGAAUCCACGAUGUCGGAGGUCCAAUGGAUCUUGCAAGAAGUGGCCGGGAAUAACUUCGAAAUAUGGAAUCCAAUGCGCUUUAUAAUAGGGAGAGUUCAGCAGGAAGUACGUAUUAUAGUAGAAAUCACCCGUCCAAGUUUUGUCAACAUGACGCAGACCUUGCCUCACAUAGCCCUUGAUAAUAUACGAAUGGUGGACUGUCUUCCCGAACCUCCAGUGUUUAAUGGGGAAUGCCAGACUGGCCAGCUGAAGUGUAAAAUUAUGAAUAAGGAGUCGUGCAUCAAGUUACAGCGAGUCUGCGAUUUAGUGAGAGACUGUGAUGACAACAGCGACGAAAAUCAAAAUUGUGAUAAAAUGCCCUACGGAUCUUAUUGUAAUUUCGAACAGGAUAAUUGCGGAUUUGAAAACGUGCCACAGCGUAUCCUAAAGUGGUCUAGACAUAGCGGGCCCACGCCCACGGAUAAGACUGGCCCAAAUUAUGAUCACACUUGUGGCCCGCCCACGGCUUUUACCACGGCCAACCCAAUGGUACCAUUAUCGCCUGCCCACAUGAACCAUUCCCUUACAUGCGUGGGUUAUUACUUCUUCGUGAACAUGAAUGUCACAGGACCAAAUAAAGAAAGAGCAGAUUUCGCGUCAACUGCUGUCAUGAAAACCGUCAUAUUCAAUCCACCGCCUAAAGUCCAUGGGGACAUCAAUUCAAGAUACUAUAAUUGUUGUAUGAUAAGGUUCUACUACCAACAAAAUGGAAGGAACUAUGGGUCUUUGAGUGUGGACGUGGUUGAACUCACUCCAAGAGGUAAUAUCACCACGUCGCUCUGGUUCUCAACCAAAGACAAAGGAGAAAACUGGUUCAGGGCGGGAAUAUUUCUACCAAACAUUACUAGAAGAUACUACUUCCUUUUCAAGACUCGUAUGGGCAUGCGGAUAUACUCGGAUUCCGCCAUCGAUGACUUUUCUAUGGCUCCAGAAUGUUUCGGUUUCAAUAUAAACGCUACAGAACUAGGAGAUUAUAAUUACUACGAUCCUAUAUUCGAUGAGAAGACAACGCCUCAUCCAGACUUCGUGGACGCCACAAUGUAUCGCUUCUCGACGUGUAACGCGACCGGUCGUUUCGGUCCCCAGCAGGAGCAGUGUGACGCUUCCUAUACGAACACAGAGGGAGGGGUGGUCGUCAUGAACACUCCGGGGAUGAGGGGGGUGCAGGUGUGGGAGGUGCCUAGCGAGGGGCUCUAUACUAUAAUAGCUACGGGAGCGUCUGGCGGUUUGGGCUCGAUGUGGGCGGGCGUGUCUCACGGCUCGUCUGCCAGGGGACUGUUCGAGCUGCACCGCGGGGAGAAGGUGUACAUGAUGAUAGGACAACAGGGGAUGAACGCCUGCAAGAAGACUCUAUCAGCUCAAGAGAGCCAGGAAUGUUCUAGAAGGGCGAAUGAGAGCACACAAGUGUUCACCAGCAAGACUCACGAGAUACGGAACACACACGUCAACGAUGGAGGAGGCGGGGGAGGGGGCGCUACAUACGUGUUCCUGAUGGAUAGAGAGGGCCAGCCGAUUCCUUUGUUAGUGGGAGGAGGUGGUGGGGGGCUGUCUGUUGGGGUGUUCAAAGAUGAUGGAUCACAACACGCCCGGGGAAGAACAAAUACGACACCGGAAUCCGGAUAUAUGUACGGCCAACCCGGACGUACUUCCGGAGCUGGUGGUGGCUGGAUAUCUCGUUCAGGACCUAUAACUCCUGGCUUCGAGCUGGUUCGAGGGGCUGCCUUCAGGGAGGGAGGAGUGGGGGGCCUCGCGUGUACGGGCGGGGCUCACGGGGGGUACGGCGGAGGAGGGGGAGGAUGUCUGAGGGGAGGAGGGGGAGGGGGAUGGGUUGGUGGUAAUACCAAUGAGGGGGAGGGUCAACACGGUGGUGGGGGGUGGUCGUUUGUUGACGUCACGCGCGGGGUGAGGGAGUUCGGUGACGUCACCAUGGCGCCGCGCACCGGCCCCGGGGAAGUUGUCAUUAUACCGGCUAUACAUAAAUGCGGUUGUAACUACCGCUGCGUGGCGUUAGAUGAACAGCGCGCUAAUGUUCGCUGUUACUGUCCCGCGGCCUGGCGAGCUGACCACGGCGACCCCACCAAGUGUGUCUUGGAAAAAGCUUGGCCGGAAAUGUGGUGGGGUCUUCUAAUAUUCCUUGGAGUCAUAGUUGUUAUAUCCGUUGGCAUCAUACUGUGUGUCUGUCUUCACCUCUAUAAUAAAUACCAACGUAAAAAGGAAGCGGAAUUACGUCAGAAAAGGCUUUUAGAACAGGAAGUACAGUUGCAUAGAUUACGAACAACCCCUGGUGGUGAUAACGCAUUAAGUAUGGCUUUCAACCCCCAUUACGGAAGUGAGAGUUUUCUGCCACAAGGGGUUGAUGUCAGGGGUCUGCCUAAAGUGGCCAGAGAAAGUCUUACUUUAGUCAAAGCCUUGGGUCAAGGUGCUUUCGGCGAGGUAUAUCAGGGUCUCUACCGUCAUAGAGGCGGGGAGAGCGAAGAAAUGCCAGUCGCUGUUAAAACUCUACCAGAACUAUCAACGGGCCAGGCUGAGUCAGAUUUCUUGAUGGAGGCCGCUAUAAUGGCUAAAUUCAAUCAUCCGAAUAUAGUUCACUUGAUAGGCGUGUGCUUUGAUAGACAUCCGAGGUUCAUAGUAUUGGAACUGCUGGCUGGUGGAGAUUUGAAGAACUUCCUAAGAGAGAGUCGCCCAAGACCUGAACGAGCCAGCGCCCUCACUAUGAAAGAUCUCCUUCUGUGCGCACUCGAUGUGUGUAAAGGAUGCAAAUAUUUGGAGGCCAAAAGAUUCGUGCACAGGGAUAUAGCCGCUCGUAAUUGCCUCCUAACAUCCCGCGGCCCGGGCAGGGUUGUCAAGAUAGCUGAUUUUGGUAUGGCGAGAGAUAUAUACCGCUCUGAUUAUUACAAGAAGGGAGGUAAAGCCAUGCUGCCUAUUAAGUGGAUGCCACCGGAAGCGUAUAUAGACGGAAUAUUCACUGUCAAGACUGAUGUGUGGUCGUACGGUGUGUUGUUAUGGGAGGUGUUCUCCCUCGGCAUCAUGCCUUACACCGGCUGCUCCAACAGAGAAGUCAUGCAGAUGGUUUCUGGAGGAGGGAGAUUAGAACGACCACAUGGCUGUCCUCCCGAGAUUUAUCGUUUAAUGUGUGAGUGUUGGAACCCGGCGCCGUCUGAGCGACCUUCCUUCGCGCAGAUGUUCGACAGGCUUCAGAGAUAUUUACAGGAUCCGGAAAUCACCAACGCGCCAUUACCGAUGCUGCGCUCUUUGUUGUCAUUGUCUGAGGCACCGGAAGCGAACGGCCCCCAGGUAUGA